AUGGAAGAAAAAAGUAGGAAGAAAGGACCCAAAUCUGGCAAAGAGAGAUCGAAAGAGUUCAGAGAGAGGCAGAAAAGGUACCAUAAGACUCAGACUGAACAGAUCAGGAGGUUACAAGAGAGGAAUUUUGAACUAGAAGCAAAGAAUAAGCAACUUGUGAAAGAGAAUUCUGAUCUUAAGAAGGACAUUAAAGAUCUUAAGGAGAAUAUUUUAGGAACCUCUUAUGUGAAGCCUUGAGAUAUUGAUAAACCUCAACAUAAUCCGAAGUUUGACCAUCCUCUUCAUGAAUAUGAAGAUUUUAUGUAUAAUCAUUUGGCUCAGAAGUUGCAGAAGAAUCCUGAAGAAGUAAGGUUCUCCACUUGGGAGCAAACUCGUGAGAAGGUAGCAAACUACAGUGAUGAAAGGAUAGACUAUCUUAAAUAAGCGAUUUAAUGAUAUCCUGGACAACAUGCUAAAUCUUCACUCAAAGACAUAUCAAGCUUUGAAUAGAAAAAUUACGAUUAAGAAUUAUCUCAAAAAGACAAAGAUCAAAUAAAAGAUACAAGAAGGGUUUAGACAAAACUUCAGAAUUGCCCGAUCCAGAAGAUGUCUAUCUUGACUGCCAGUUUAGCACAGAGAAUUUAGAAUUUGUAAAGAGAAAUCAAGACUACCUUAUGAAAUAUAUGAAGCAGAUUAAAAAAAUUGCCCAAUCUCUUGUAGUACUACGCAACAAACUACUCAACAUCUACUCAGAAGAAAAACGAAUGUACCACAACCCAGAAUUCAAUUACGACUACAAAAAAUCCGAUCUCGCUUCAAAAUUCAAAGUAAUAGCCACUCUCAAACACUCUUGCCUACUCAGUCCCCACUACAUAUUCGAUAUCCCAAAGAAAAUUCACUCUGGCUCCACUUACCAAGAAGGGGAGCUCACUGACUAA